GAAGGGUGCUGUGUGUGUACGUAUUGUAGCAAGCACCGAUCAUCAUACGGCAACACAAUAUUUAUAUAUAUUUCCCGGAGCUUAUAAAAUUUUGCUUUUCCGUUGAAGUGGAGUGUCGUUUUCGUUUACACACAUUUGGAAGUGAAUAGUGAAUAGUGUAAAUUCAAACAUACAAAAACCGUAAAUUAUCAGCAUCCAAAUCUAAAUUCAUAUGGAAAUUAAUUGAACACAGUACCAGCCAUUCAUUUACAACAAAACAUAAUACGCGAUACAUAUAUAUACGAAUAUAAGCGAUACGAGACUCCGCAUAUCUAUGCUAUUAUCCACCGGUACACACAUUGAGAGAACACACUAUAAUUUCAAGCGCUGAAAACGCUCCAAAAAACGUUAACGGUAUUAAUAGAAGGAUUUAUCUAACUCUUCACAUUUUGCGAGAGCAUAACAAAAGAAAAAAUUAAUUAAAAUUGUUGGUUCAUCAAAAUGCAAUUAAUUGUAAGCAGUUUGGUGGUUUUGUUAGCAACGAUACCUAUGGAAACAAUUUCAAUUAAACUAAACAAUGAAAAGAAAGCGAUAAAUCGUAUCGCUACACAUCAUCCGAUGGACCAGAUAAAACAACAGCCAGACGAGGAACAACAGAACGAACAACAACAACCGAUGCAAAAGAAUAAUCAGCAGCAGCAAGGAGAAAAAAAAUUCGAGGAUUAUCAGCAUUUAAAAGAAUUACGAGGUUCUUGUCAAACAACAGAAGACUGCCGUAUAGAUGCUUACGUGUGCCGAGACGGAAGAUGCCAGUGUGCUUCGUAUUAUCGACCGGAUGCCAGCAAUACAACUUGCAUUGCAGCCAUUGGGAAAAGAUGUAUGUACGAUAGUCACUGCAUCACGAAGGCAUAUUGCAAAGGACAAACGAUUUGUACGUGCAAAACAGAGUAUCCAAUUGUAUCAGAUGAUAAGUGGGCAUGCGAAGAUGACAGCUCGGUUGGUUCAAGGAUUUAUCUGGAAAUGGAAAAUGUCAUUUGUAUUGUGGUUGCUGUUGUUGCAUCCAUUUAUUGUUGUGGUGCUUUGUGAAUUUGAAGAGGAUAAAAAGAGAAAGAAAAAUUUCAAUAAAAUUUACAAAAACAAUUUUCUAUAAGUUUAGUUAUUUGUUUUGUUCCGACUCGUACGUACUGAGGUUGUGGGUGGGAUGUGAGAGGAGUGUGAUGGAUUUUUUUUUUGGUUUGUUUAAAUUUAAUAAACAAAAAGAUUUUGAUUGCCCGAAUUUCAGAUGUUUGGAGAGAAUUCUUGUUGCGAAAAAGCAUGGCACUACUUAGCAUGAACACUCUUAUCUACAACGUCAAAAAGCCUCUAAAUUUUCAUGCGUGUACGAUUGCGUGUUGUGUGUUUUUAUGCACACAAACAAAUCAUGACUCCUACCUUUACGAGAAAAUGCAAGGUCUUUUUUGAUUGCAUAAGCCUCCGAAUAUUCCUUACGUUCAUGCUAGAAGCAGAGCUGUGAAAAAAGACAAACGAAAAACUAAAGCUGUACACUUGGAUAGGUCACAUGUUAUACGAUAAACGGGACCUUUUCCAUACUAAAUAUUCACCACGCCAUAAAAAUUCAAUUUUGGCGAAUUCCUUUGCCAGGAAAAAGUGAGUUUUCGAAUAUCUAAUAAAAUGGCGACACGCGUGACGUCCCCAACGUUUACAGUCCUGUAAAGAAUUCGGGACAACUUGUCAAAAUAAAACGAUGUACAUUUCAACAGCUGACACUUAGAUGAACAACAAAUUGGUUUUCUUCAAUUUUCUCUUUUUUAACAUUCUCGACUCUAUUCGAGAGCCAGAUAAUAGUACCAGGGAUAAUAGUACUCGGGCUGCAGUUUCGGAUACUUUUACUCACGUGAUACGAGAUAUCAAAUAAUUUCCCGUGUGCGGGAUGCUAUUUUACUUUACGAGCGAGGAAAAGGGUUUCCUCUAGGGAAUAGCAUGUUACCUCCCUAAGUAUAUAUGUGAAUUAUCUAUUAGUCAAAAAUAUUGCUGCACAACAUUUAAAUCAACAUUACAAUACGAACAAAACUGAAGACUUCAGGAGGUAGAGUCAAUACGGAUGAUACCCUGGUUUCAAACAAAACUAUCACCUUUCGCCGCGAAUUAUUUCGUUAAAAAAAUCAAUUAUAGACACGAUAUGUUACCCAAAGUACACAAACACUAAAAAGUAAGCAAAUCCCUCAGCGGGUCACAAGAAAUACGAGACCCGAAGGUGACCAAAUCGGCAACUAAAAACGCAUGUUAUAUCUCGAGUUUCAUCAUGUUCAUCAAAUUUAUAUUUAUUUGCUGCCGACUUCGUCAGUAUUGAUAAAAUUACCGCCCGUGUUACAUAAUAUAAAUUUACCACAUUUUUCAAUGUCUAUUCACACUGCAACAACAGUCGUACGAGUUUGCUUAUUAUUAUUUUUUAUUUUGUAUUUGCUGAGAAGCAAUACAAAUGGCGAAAACAGACGAUCAAUCUUGAGUUGCUGGGGACGACAAUUGUGCUGCGCUUUCCACUGUAAAUCCGAUUUGUAGAAUACGUUAAACAAUGGAAAACGCUGCAUAAUUGUCGAUCUGAACAACACAAUGCAUUGUGAAAACAUUGCUAUUCAAUGCUAGCUAGAUAUUACCAAGGUAGAUAUAGUGGCCAGGUCCGAAACAGAUUCGUGGCAGCACGAAAGGUCGAGACUUAAAACAUAUCUUCCUUUCAUAAAAAAAAAAAAAAACAAAAAAUGCAUAAAAAUGUUGGGUCGUGUGCCUUGGAAACUAAUCUUCUUGGCCUUCUGAAUGAUAUUUCCCCCACACUAUAUCUACCCUUACAAGCAUAAAUGAAAAUAUGAAAAUGCAAAGUUAAGAUCGUUAAGAUUAUGUCGAAAGUUAUUUGGGUUUCAAACUCUCAAUGCUUAAUUCAAUCGUUUGUUAGUAUUUACUUAAUUGUGUAGAAAAGUUGAUAAAAAGAUGUGUGUCCACAAACGAGAUGCAAUCGUAAUUUUUGCUUUGCUUUUACUUUUUACCCUUUUUACCUAAAUAUAGUUUCGAAAUUUAAAAAAAUGUUAUAACAACCACAUGUCGUAUAUGAUCAUAUUUUAUCGCACACGAUGCCUUGUUAUGGCGAAAAAAUAUACCUUCAUGCGACAUUUGGAUCUCAUUUGGAUGAAAUGCUAUUACACAACGAGAUCUCUGGUUAGUAAUAAAUCUUUGCAUGAAAAUCAAUUUUAUUCGCAUUGUUGGUUUUUAAUUUUGAUGU